AUGUGUGUACAGCCGACAGCAGCUUCUCACGGAGGGGACGAAGCGAAGCAGAGCAGAGCAGAGCAGAGCAGAGCAGAGCAGAGCAGAGCAGAGCAGAGCAGAGCAGAGCAGAGCAGAGCAGACAAGUCAACAGUCAACAGUCAACGGCCAGAGCAUGGCAGAUCUCUACCACUGCCAGCAUCGCAUCGCAUCGCAUCGCAUCGCAUCACCAGUUCUCCCAGCGAUCCUCGGCGCAUCUCUACGGCACAGCACGCCCGCAGGCAAACACAAGGGAACAAGCAGCUCGAGAAAAAGGCCACCGGCACGGAGACGACGGGGCCGCUGCAGGCAGAGGAUAUCAGUGUCUCGCUAAGGCCAGACCCGAUUGGUGAGACGAAACCGCCGUCAAUCGGUUUGGCCCGCCCGCUGAGUUUUCGCUGCAUGAGACCAGCCCAUCUUCUCUCCUCACCACGGUCAACAAGUCAGCGGUCGGUCCACCAGCCUCCCUUCGGCUCCAUUGCUGCACGGACAGCGAGACGCCAGCGGCCACAUAUCCAGACUGCGAGAAUCGACCGCCACCUUUUAGAUUACAAGUACGAAGUGCUGCUGCGGGAAAGACGGACUGCGACUCUGCGUCUCGGCCACGGCAGAUACUGUACGAGUACGGCCUGGGGGAUACUACGAGCACACGCUCCUCGAUCCCGCAUUCGAGCCACGACAGCUGGUCACCCACCUGCCGCCUCCUCAUUCGACCCCGAGGACACGCUCGUCGUGCUGCAGCUGCCCUUUGGCCUUCCCCACGCUUCGGUCCCGGACCUUGAGAUCUUGUCCCUCCCAAAGGCCCUCUUUCUGGUCCCCUCCGGAAAGCUUCAUCCUGGGCCCGACGCCGCCAGAGCUGCUUCGUGCUUGUGCUUGCGCUGUGCUUGUGCUUGUGCUUGCAGGAUACAUCCCAACUCACCGGCGAGACACCGUCAGCCUUCUGAUCUAGCACAAGCCGCUGCUUCUGCUGGCAUUUCCUCUAUUCCCUUUACCGCUUGGCGUGAGCCCAUCGUUGCUUCUGCUUGUCUUAUCCUUUCCUCAGCCAGAGAUACCAAGGUGCGCAAGUCCUUCAUCAGGAUGGAUCCGGACUGCGCCAUAUGCCAUGCUCCGGCCUCGAUGGCCUGUGACUGCGAGGCGAAGGGCCUCGAAGUGGCCGUUAAGCAGGCCGAGGAGCGCAUGAUGCGAUCCAUCUAUAGUGACAUACGUUCGUGGGUAAGGGCCCAUGCUCAAGAUUAUAUUCUCGAGUAUUUCCGUCAACUUGCCGAGCGACGAAAGACGGCCCACUCGGCUCAUCUCGACCACAUCACUGCCCACGCAUUCUACCAUUACAACGCGCCGCCACAUCCAAACCAGAUCGCCGAAGCUCAGGCAACUCUGAAGCGAGGCAUCGAUGAGGAUUGGCAGGCCAGCGUGCAACGUUACCCCGAAGUCCUCGAAUACUUCUAUAGCCUCAUUGAGCUCACCCUUCCCGCCGAUGACGAGGCUGCUGUAAAGAACCCUCCCUUGACUGCUCCUCCUCCUCGAAAGCCGAGCCGUCGAGCUGGCUCAAUCAGUGCCAGCGCUGGUUCCGCUCCUCCUCCUGCUAUAGCCCCCCCGUCUUCCUUUCACGCAGAUCGCGAUGCCCUCAUGGAGCGUCGUACCCCAGCACCCGCCGCAACGCCGCGAGACCGAAGGACAUUCAGGCCGCCACCUCCCCAACAUCACCCAUCUUCAUCAUACUACGCACCAUUUGGAUAG